AUGUCGAGUGUUCAAAAAAGAAAGCUAAGUGGCGCAAAAUUUAGGAAUUUGGCUAAACAAAAGAAGGAAAAAAUCAACGAUUGCAUUUCUAGCUGUAAAAAGUUGGACAAUUAUUUCAAGGUUAAGGAAGAAACUGCUGCUGUGCCUAACUCAGACCCUGCCAAAUGGAAAAUUGAUUCAAAAUGUAUAGACUAUUUUAUUUUGAAUCAACCAAUUCAUAAUGUUAACAAAAUAAACUUUAAUAAAACUGGACGAAAAUGUGGAAAAUAUUUCAGGAAACUACCUCGUAGUAUUUUUACAAGGACAUUACAUAAUGGGCAAACUACCAAUAGAGAGUGGCUUUUAUACUCUUCAUCAGUUAAUGCUCUAUUUUGUUUUCAGUGCCUUCUUUUUUCUAACAGAAAAAGUAGUCUUGGAAAUUUAAAAUAUGGAUUGAAAAAUUGGGGUAAAUGUGAAGAAAAAGUAAAAUGUCAUGAAGAAGGCCAAGUACAUGGUGAAUCAAUUAGAAUUUGGUUUUCAAGAACACAAAAUAGUGGUAAUUCAAUUGAUAAAGUGUUAAACGAAGAAAUUAAAUCAAAACUGGACUAUUGGACUAAUGUUCUCCAUCGAGUAAUUGCAACAAUUACUUUUUUGGCUGAAAGAGGACUACCAUUCCGUGGUAAAAAUAACGAAUUUGGUUCAGUACAUAACGGCAAUUAUAUGGGGAGUUUAGAACUUAUAGCUAAAUUUGAUCCUUUUUUGUCAGGACAUAUUUCUAAAUACGAAAUUAUUGAAGCUAAGUACUUUUCAAUCAUAGUAGAUUCUACACCAGAUAUCAGUAAACAAGAUCAAUUAACUGUUGUAAUUCGGUACAUUAAACCAAAUGGAAAUUCUGAAGAAAGAUUUUUAACAUUUUUAUCCGCUGUAGAACAUAAGGGAGAGCAAAUGGAAGAAGCGUUAAUUGAUAAAUUUAAAGAAUUGGACAUAGACAUAAAAAAUUGCAGAGGACAAGCGUACGACAAUGCAUCAAAUAUGUCUGGAAAAUAUAAUGGCUUACAAGCACGCAGUACAUGUAUCAUGUGA